GAGGCCUACUGCCAUCUUACCCGAAAUUUCUAGUUUAAAGUGGAUGGAACUUUUUACUGGCUGCGAAUUUCUGGAUGAAAGAAGCUGCUGUUGGGCCCCAGAUUUCUUCAAGAUACAGUGUGCCUCCAAACCAAAAUUAGGGGCGUCUCCGCGCUUCGAAGACCGACGCCCCUGCACGGGAGAACUAGGCGACAUCCCUAAAUCAUCCCCUGCCUGCAGCAACCCUGAGUCUCUAAUUCCACAUUUAGAGGGUUAGUCUUGUUAUCACACGAUAGUGCAAACGUGAGACAGAGGAGACUUAGAGUGACGCUAAUAAAGCUGAGGCUUUAGGGCCAGUGACUUUCACGACGCGGAAGUUUUUUUAUACAGCUCUACUGAGGUGUUUUUACAGACAAUAAACCACACGUUUGAAGUGUGCAAUUGUCUCAAAACUGCCGGAUGGAUGUAUACACUGAAACCAACACCGCGAUCAAGAUAAUCUACCCACCAGCCCCAAAACUGUCUGCUUUGUCACUACAGGUAAUGUCACGCAGAAGAUAUACGCGCGUUCACCACCCACCCACGCUAGAAACUCCGCGCGUGGUGCCGCUCGGCCCCGCGGCCCUUCCGGGCGGAAGAUCGCGGCGCUAGGCCGGAAGGCGAGCGAGGAGCAGUGCCGAGCUCUCCAGAGGGAGGGCGGCCGUUGGGGUUGUGGCUGGUUUGCGCGCAGCGCUCCAGAUGGAAGCGGCACCGAAUCCAGGGCCAGGUCUCUGCUGCAAGCCUGGCGGGCGGCUGGACAUGAGCCACGGCUUCGUGCACCACAUCCGGCGGAAUCAGCUCGCCCGGGACGACUACGACAAGAAGGUGAAGCAGGCGGCCAAGGAGAAGGUGAGGAGGCGGCACACGCCCGCUCCCACGAGGCCCCGCAAGCCAGACCUGCAAGUGUACCUGCCGCGACACCGAGAUGGCUCUACCCACCCAAGGAACCCAGACUGUGAAGAGUCCGGUGAAAGCAGCAGUAGUGGAGGCUCGGAGCCAGAGCCUUCUGGCCACCAGCUCUUCUGCUUAGAAUAUGAGGCGGACAGCGGAGAGGUCACAUCAGUUAUCGUGUAUCAGGACGAUGAUCCAGGAAGGGUGAGUGAGGAGGUGUCAGCACACACGCCUCUGGAUCCACCCAUGCGAGAGGCCCUCAAGUUGCGCAUCAAGGAGGAGAUUGCAAAGCGCCAGAGCCGACACUGACCAGGCUGAAGGCAUUCCCUCCAGGCUGGAGUCACUGCCCAGGGAGUUCACCCCUAGUUUGGGGAUACGAGGACCAGUCUGGGCUGAUCUUGAGACAUGCACACACACACACACACCUCCCAGAGCUGCUAGAAAAGGAUGUUGCAGGAACUGUGCCUGACCAGCUCCCUUGUAGCCAGUCUUUCUUCUAUCUCAGCCCAUUUGACCAGCCUGCUUUGGGAUUUUUGAGAAUUUUGUUUGGCUAGCUUGGUGUUCUAAGAGCAGAGACUCUCAGGAGAGCCAAGGUUUAUGAAGCCUUACGCCAACGUGCUACUUUCUCGCUGAGUUCAUACGCCCUGGGACACCUGACUACUGCUGCUCCACCCAGCUCCAUGAGCCAUGUUUGUUAUUUUAUGAUUCCUUUCUACUGUGCUUCUGCUCACUUUCAUUCAUGCUUUUCUAGAUCUUUUUGUUCUUCACCUCUGUUUCUUUGUUCUUUCCUUCAUUCUUUUGUCUCAGAGUCCAUCAGUUCCACCCUGCCUCGCAAUGUGACUGUGCGCCUCCAGCUGCUCAGGACUUAGGAGGUGUGGGGUCCGCGGGGGUAUAUCUUUCUGACAAGCUCUUCCAGUAAUCCUGAUAUUAAUACAGAGAGAGGUGUUCAUUUUUGAGGCUGACUUGCAAGCAUGUCUCCCUCUCCUUCCAUGGCUUUUUCGAGUUUCUGUGAGGCCUGCAUUGCUUUGCACUGUGUAGAUAAGGAGACUUCAGAAGAUGAUGCCAAAACUAAAUUUGAAGACUUUCUUACAGCAAAACUUGCCUUGGUUAGGACUAUAGAAUUCUAACUUUCAACCUCAUCCCUAAAGGGGAAUUAUUAAAACAUUCUUGAAACUGCCUCUCCAUAUGUGAUUUAACAGUCUUGAACUGUUAAAGAGAAAUUCAGCAGCAAUAAUUGCCUGUUUGGAACCAUAGUUGUAAAGAUACAAAAAAGGCACAAUGCCCCAAAGGAAGUAAAAUGAACAUCUCUCAUCCCUGCUGCAUUCUCUUUCUUUUCCUGUCUCCCAAAAGUAUAUAAUUUCCCAACAAAUCCUUAGAAUAAAGAUCCCAGGAAUAUCAGUGCUUUGCCCUAAGUGAACAUUUUUCCUAAUGCAGGGUUAAGCUAAAGUCUGAGAAAUCCACAAGGCUUCCAUUCUGUUGAAGCCACUUCAGUUUCCCAGCACAUUAGCCUAACCUCAGUGACUUGAAAUUUCAGGGUUACGUGAGCCCAUGAGCACUGAGACUUCCUGAAACCAAAGUCCCCCUGCCUCAGGGGUUUCUCCACAUCAGG